AUGUCAUUAAGAAAAAGAGACAAAUUUGCGAUUUUCGUUCUUUUGUCUAUACUUACUUUCGCAGUUGUUUGUAUUAUGACUAUGAACGAUGAUCUUAUCGCCAAUGAGAAACCUAGAACCGUAAAGUAUAUUGUAAAACUGAAACAAGAUAUAUCUGCUGAAGAUAUGGAGAAUUUAAGGCUGAAUCUCGUUGGUCUUGGUGCAAAUAUUUAUAAAGUAUAUAAUUCAGUCAUAAUGAAGGGCUUUGCUGUUGAAAUGCCUAAAGAAUUUGUAGGAGCUUUGUCUGAGGAUAAAAAUGUAGAAUUAGUAGAACCGGAUCAAACUGCAACUUGUUCUGCUGGAGAGAGCACUCGCAGUGGCUUCUUGGGUCUUCUGAAUUGUACUUUAGGUCUACCACGCCCCCAGGGAUUUAUACCUGGUGGAAAAGGUCUUUCUGGUGUUGAUGUUAUCGGAGUUUUCGAAGAAUCUGCGAGAACCGAUGUCACUACUUCAUCCGAUACUUCUGAUACUUCUGAUAUUGACGCGUCUGAUACAUCUGAUACAUCUGAUAUAACCACCGGGAAAUUCUUGGAACCAAUUUUACGAUGCCUCAACUGUGGGAUUUCUCACUGGAAACCACUGGGAACACUGGAAAAAUCUGGACGUCCAGUGGGGUUCCAACUUCCAGUCAACAACACUGUGUCAAUGGCGACAUUUGAGAACAAACCUAAAGGAAUUCUCAAAAAACCAUCCUUAAAUUUUCAACCAAAAAACAGGCUAAAAUGGGAUGAAGACAAUAUCCAACUUACAGAAGGACAAAAAAACUCGACAAUGAAAAUUACUGAACCCAAAACUCCAUACAUUCAUUACAAUCAAGAAACUGAUGAAAUCAUGACUGAUCUUCAAACUAUUCCAGGUCUCAUUUUGGGAUCUAGUAGAGAAUCUCCCCCAGCGGGAUCUCAUUCAUCCGUUUCACCAUCAUCAGCACAUUUCCCUGAUUCACUAAAGGACGAUUGGGAAACUGAAAGCUCAGAAGAGGACGAAGAAACCAAGGAAAAGCGUCGUAAAUUUGCACAGCUCAGAGCUCAACAUUAUAAUAUGAAGGAUGCACUUAGUUUGGGCCAUAAGUUGGUCGAUGAUGAUGACGACGACAACGAAGAAAGUAGUCUUAAGGAUGUAAAUUUAACACCCGGGUCGCCCGUGUAA